AUGAGAAGGAAAAGGAAAAUUGAUAUCAUGGAUGGUAAUGAUGAUGAUGAUGAUGAUGAUGAUAUAGCACAUAUUGCUGAUGAUAGUGCUCCUGUUAUUGUUGAAAUUACGGUAGUUGAUGAUAAUAAUGAUGAUAAUGAUGAUGAUGGUGGCGGCGAUAAUGGUGGUGAUGAUCGUUGUCGUUGUCUUCGUCGUCGUCUUCGUAGUAAUAAUAAUAAUAAUGAUAUUUAG